CCGACCGGAGCGGAGAUGUCGUCGUGGCUGCGCAGCGCGGUGAGCCGGGCCGGUCGCAGCGGCGUCGCGCGCGCCGUCAAAGGGUACGCCGACGCAGUCGCGCACCAUGCCGGCCAGGCCGUCUCCGAUAUCCUCCACGACCGCGGGGGUACACAGAGCUUCAAAAGUUUCAAGAAAACAGUAAUGCGCUUGGAAGAGGCAGCAGUUUCAUGUCAUGGGACUGAAAGAGUUGAACUGUUAAGGCGUUGGUUGGGAGUACUACAAGACAUUGAGGCUGAACUUGCCGGAUCAGAUUUGAAGGAUGCUGAAGAUCAUGAUUCUGCUGGUGAAAUAGAUGCUUUAAAACCACCAUUGGCUUUGUUUUAUGAUCCUGAUAUUGAAGGAGCACCUAUGAACUUCCGUGAUGUGUUCCUGUACAGCCAGGCACUUGAAGAUAUUACACAAUCCAUGAUUCUUGAAGCUCCAUCUGAGGAAGAAGUUUCACUUCUCUUGGAAAUUUUUGGCCUGUGUCUCACUGGUGGGAAAGAAGUCAACAAGGCAAUCGUGAACAGUGUGCAAGAUCUGGCCAAUGCCUUCUCAAAUUACAAAGAUGAAGUCCUGGUGAAGCGUGAAGAAUUACUUGAAUAUACACGGAAUGUUAUUUCAGGACUAAAGAGAAAUGCUGAUAUUAUGAGGAUAGAUGCUGAAACCCUUGAGUUGUGGAGAGAACUAGAAGGGAAGGAGAACUCACGGUCUCAAUCAACUGAAAAUCAAGAUAAAGCAUCAGAGAAGAUUGCUGUUGCCAAUAUUGAGGCUUUGAAAGAGGCACUUACAGAAGUCCGCUUUUGCUCUAGAGUGGAAGAACUUCUACUGAAGAAGAAGUCGAUUGCUCCUGGGGACUCCAUGGAGAUUCAUUCUCAGAAGGUCGACAAGCUUAAGGUCCUGGCAGACUCCCUUGCUAGUUCAUCCUCCAAAGCAGAACAGCAGAUUAUGGACCACAGGCGUCAGAAAGAAGAUGCUCUGAACUUUCGUGUGAAAAAAGAGAAUGAAGUGAAUGCAGCUGAGAAGGGAUUGCUUUCUGAGAUUACUGAAUUGGAGAAGCAAAGAGAUGAACUUGAGGCUCAGUUGAAAAAGGUCAAUAUAUCAAUAAAGGCUGCUUCUGUGCGGCUCAAGACAACCAGGGAAGAGAGGGACCAAUUUGAUGAGGCAAACAGCCAAAUUAUAUUUAGUUUAAAAACGAAGGAAGACGACCUCUCGAAAUCCAUCACCUUAUGUAAUGUUGAAGCCAAUGUAGUCAAAACCUGGAUCGAUUUCCUUGAGAACACCUGGCAGUUCCAGUCCUCAUACAAUGAACAGAAGGAAAAGAAAACAAGUGUUGAGUUGGAGAGAUGUGUGAGUGAUUUUCUGAAGUUGACCAAACAUCACCUUUCAACCUUCAAGGAAGUCCUAAGCCCGUCGAUUGAGAGUAUCCAAACAUAUGUGGAUAAUUUGGCAGUCUUGAACUCAAGGGAAGAGACAAGAGAACAUAAAGAUGAUGAAUCAUCAGAGAAGACAAACCCACUUAAAUCCCUUGAGGAGGAAUAUUUGGAAACUGAAAAGAAGAUCAUAAUUGCUUUCAGCAUCGCUGAUCACAUAAAGAAGCUGUUCUAUUCUGAGCAUGGGGCUAAUUCUAGGAGAGAUGACCCAGAGGUCAAGAAGCUAAUUGAUGAGAUCGAGAAACUGAGGGAAGCAUUUGAAUCUAUAGAAAGGCCAACACUAAGUGUAGAAGACCACAAAUCAAGGCCACUACCUGAGGAAAGAUCUGACUUGAGCCCUUCGCCUAUCCAAGCACCUGUUACCCCUAGAGCCGCACAUGUCGAUUCCCCCAAAUCGCCCUUGAAGGCCGAGCAGCAGGUGCAUUCUGAUGCUGAACUUGCAGACCUGGGUGCAGGUUUCGGGAAGGAUGACAAAGAUUACUCUGGUGAGGAGAUCAGCGGGUGGGAGUUUGAUGAGCUCGAAGAGGACUGAGCGCCGACUCAUCAUCCGAAUCGAGCAUCUGCACUAACAUGUAUUUCUUCAGUUCCGACAUGCCACAGAAAUGUGUAGCGUCGGAUGUAUAUAGCGGUGUCUGUUCGAUUGCAUCUUCACGUUGUCUGCAGGUAUGCAGAUUGUGCGACUGACCUGUAACCUUGGCAAGACAGUUGCUAUUUGUUUGUUCUUGCCAUGAUGAUGUCGCAGUUUACAUGUGUACUGAUUACUGAACAACACCGUUGUAAGACUUACAAGUUUGGACUUUUAAAAAAAAACAAUACAGACAUUUUGAUUAAGGUGUU